UGCCGCGUGCGGCUCUUCACACAAGGCACCCAUGGCGGAGCCGGCAGCCACUACGGUGAGGAGCGGCUGCCCCGGCGCCACGCACAUAUUCCUCGUCCACGGAAUCUGCCACGGCGGCUGGUGCUGGUACAAGGUGGCGGCGCGGCUACGGCGCCUGCAGCCGCUUGCCGCCAGCCGCGUCGUGGCGCCGGACCUCGCGGCGUCGGGCAUCGACGACCGACGGCUGCGCGAGGUGCCCACGUUCCGGGACUACACGGCCCCGCUGCUGGACGCUCUCCGGUCGCUCCCCGACGGAGAGAGAGCGAUCGUCGUGGGGCACAGCCUCGGGGGCCUCAGCGUGGCGCUCGCUGCGGAGGAGUUCCCCGACAAGGUCGCCGCCGCGGUGUUUCUGUGCGCCUACAUGCCGGACUGCAUGUCGCCGCCGGGGCACGUGGUCCUGCAGGGCGCAAACCGGGAGUCCCAGAUGGACAAUGAGAUGAAACCCCAAGAUGGAGACGGCAAGCUUCCUGCUUCCUUUAUGUUCGGGCCGCAGUUCACCAAACAGAACGUCUACCAACUGUGCUCUAAAGAGGACAUCACACUGGCGAAAUCUCUCAUGAGAAUCGGCUCGGUGUUCCUCGAAGACCUGCAGAUCAUGAAACCACUCUCCAUGCAUCGCUACGGCUCCGUGCGCAAGGUGUACAUCGUCUGCAAGCAAGACCGGACGCUGCAGGAGGAGUUCCAGAGGUGGAUGGUGUCCAACAACCCGGUCGAUGAGGUGAAGGAGAUUGACUGCGCGGAUCACAUGGCGAUGCUCUCCGCUCCCGAUGACAUCGUGCAGUGCAUUGUCGAUAUCGUUGCAAAAUACAGUUGAUCAAUCGUGACGGUGGCUACCGAGCGAGGAUUUGUGUACUUUCGGAGCUAAAUGAUUUGACCAAUUGUAUAAGCAACACUACACCACAACACUAUAUUAAUAACAGAUGCCAGUCGGUAAAAGUACAAUAUUACCAAUUGACAGUAUGUGGGUAAAGUUUUCCAAUGAACGAUCUGUUGGUGCUUGUUGUGAACAGACACUAUGUGUUGUCGAUCUAAAUAAGCAUGGAAGAUGAAUAGCGCUUCACUAA